GUUUCGUGUCGUGGCUAUUUCGAGACUGCAAAUUAGAACACCCCAUCUAAGCUGGCACGUAUCCGAGGUAUACUUCUCUAUUCUAUGAAUUGAAAGCGAUCCGUUCAAUCUGUCAUCCUGGCUCGACCAAAGCCUCUCCUCAUCCUCAUCACCUCCGCCGCUCUCUUCUCCGUCAUCUGUCUCGUCAUCCUGGCUCCCUUCCGCACUCCUGCCCGCCUCGGUUCCAUCUUGAACCAAAUAAGGCCGUUCAGACCGGCGACGACAUCUUCCAGUCCAUUUAGACCUGUCACGACAUCCGCCAUGACUUCGGCCAAGUUUCGUAAGCCGCCGCAGGCACCUCCAAGUUUCACGGCCACGCCCGAGUCGGUGGUGAAGGAUACAAAGGAGAUGCUUGCGGAGUCCAAGAAGGUCACAGAUGACAUUGUUGCUCAGAUUGCAGAGAAGGACGCCACCUUCCAGAAUGUACUGCUGCCAAUGGCACAUGACGAGAACCUGCAGACCUUGAAAGCGCACAUACUUGGCUUCUACCAAUCUGUCUCCACCGACCAGGCACUGCGCGAUGCCUCGACCGAAGCUGAAAAGCUCAUGGAUGACUACAGCAUCGAGGCUGCCAUGCGGGAGGACGUCUUCAAGCUUGUGGACGCUGCGCUCAAGAAGGCGGACAAGUUGGACCCUGAAUCGCAGAGACUCCUCGAAAAGGAACACAAGGCAUUCGUUCGCAACGGGUUGAAUAUCCCAGCUGGCCCGAAACGUGAUCGAUUCAAGGAGAUCAAGAAGAGACUUAGUCAGCUCGGAAUUGCUUUCUCCAAGAAUCUGAACGAAGAGAAGGGCGGGAUGUGGUUCACUGCUCAAGAGCUGGACGGUGUCCCCGAAGAUGUUCUGUCUCUCUUGAAAAAGGAGGGAGACAAGUACUGGUUGACGUUCAAGUACCCAGACCUCUUUCCGACCCUCAAAUACGCCACGAACAGUGAGACCCGACAAAAAGUCUUCGUGUCGAAUGAGAACAAAUGCAACCAGAACGUUCCACUCUUCCAGGAGGCAAUCUUGCUUAGAGACGAAGCUGCUCGACUACUGGGAUAUCCAAACCACGCUGCUUUCAGGAUUGAGGACAAGAUGGCGAAGACUCCCAAAACCGUUGACGAUUUUCUCCAUGAUCUACGCCAGAGGCUGAGCCAGGGAGGACUCGACGAAAUCGAGACGCUGAAGAAGAUGAAGAAAGCCGAUCUUGAAUCUCGAGGCGAGAAAUUUGAUGGUCGCUACUAUCUCUGGGAUCAUAGGUUCUACGACCGAAUGAUGGAAGAGAAAGAUUAUCAGCUCGAUCAACAGUUGAUCUCGGAAUACUUCCCAUUGCAGACCACAAUCCGAGGUAUGCUCGAGAUUUUUGAACAACUUUUCGGUCUUGUCUUUGUCGAGGUUGUUGGAAAAGACCGGGACAGUAUCUCUCCCUCCGGCAAAGGCGAUGAUAUUGUGUGGCAUGAAGAAGUCCAGGUAUUUAGUGUGUGGGAUGAUGAAGGUGAAGGUGGUGGAUUUGUCGGAUACCUUUACCUAGAUCUCUUCCCACGCAAUGGCAAGUACGGACACGCAGCAAACUUCAAUUUGCAACCAGGGUUUAUCCACACGAACGGUACGAGAAGAUAUCCUGCAACAGCACUGGUUUGCAACUUUUCCAAGCCUACGGCAAAGAAACCUAGUCUGCUCAAGCACGAUGAAGUCACCACGUUAUUCCACGAGCUCGGUCACGGUAUUCACGAUCUCGUUUCUCGGACCACUUAUUCGCGUUUCCAUGGAACCAACACCGUUAGAGACUUUGUCGAAGCACCAAGUCAGAUGCUCGAGAACUGGUGCUGGACUCCAUCACAGCUGCGGGCCUUGAGUAGACACUAUUCCACGUUGUCGCCAGAAUAUUACGAAUCUUGGAAGGAGGCUUCGGGUUCAAAAACCACAAAGCCCGAGGAGCGAAUUCCUGACGACCUGAUCCAAAAGUUGAUCAAGACCAAGAACCUCAACGGAGCACUAUUCAACCUUCGACAACUUCAUUUUGGUAUCUUCGACAUGACCAUCCACGAGCCUCACGACCACGCCAGUCUAGAAGCCAUGGACAUUUCCGAAACCUACAACGCCUUGCGCAAGGACAUCAGCAAGAUUGAUGGACCUGAAGUUCUCGGCGGGGGCAACAAAUGGGGCAACGGACAAGCCACUUUUGGACAUUUGAUGGGUGGUUACGAUGCAGGUUACUAUGGUUACCUCAGCUCUCAAGUCUACUCUACAGACAUGUUUUAUAGUGUCUUUAGAAAGAACCCGAUGGAUCCCAAGGAGGGUCGCCGGUACCGACACACGGUGCUCGAAAAGGGAGGCAGCCAGGACGAGAUGAAGACGCUGAUUGAGUUCUUGGGCAGAGAGCCCAAGACCGACGCGUUUUAUGAGGAAUUGGGUCUCACCAAAGGUACCCAGUCGGGUGCUGGGACGACGUGAUGGCUGUUUGAAAGUAAAGAAAGAUGCUAGAUAGACAGAUGUUUUCUUGUCUACCAAUCUUUGCAUUCCCAGGCAUGUAACAAACAAUAAAGAAAGAUCUUCGUUCAAAUAUGCAAAGACAAGCACAGAAUGUAUCCGAUACCUGUGACCUAGCC